UUUAAUUAAAUCUACUGAUUGCGCCGAUCUAAUUCCAUGGGUCGACUAACUCUGGAGCACACGCUGCAGGGCCACAAAGGACGCAUUUGGGGCGUUGCUUGGCACCCAAAUGGCAACACGUUUGCCUCUUGCGGAGAGGAUAAGGCGAUACGGAUUUGGACUUUGUCGGGUUCAGGUACAUGGAGCACAAAGACCAUAUUGUCAGAUGGACACAAACGCACAAUCCGCGAGAUACACUGGUCACCAUGCGGCCAGUACUUGGCAUCGGCCAGCUUCGAUGCAACCACAGCCAUUUGGUCGAAAUCUGUGGGGGAGUUCGAAUGCAAUGCCACGCUGGAGGGGCAUGAGAACGAGGUGAAGAGCGUCAGCUGGUCACAUUCUGGCGGGCUGCUGGCAACCUGUUCGCGUGACAAGUCCGUUUGGAUUUGGGAAUUUGCUGGAGACGAUGAAUUCGAGUGCGCCGCAGUCCUCAACUCGCAUUCGGCGGACGUAAAACGUGUUGUGUGGCAUCCUAAGAAGGAUGUCUUGGCUUCGGCAUCCUACGACAAUACCAUUAAAUUGUAUAGUGAGAGCGCGCUGGACAGCGACUGGGACUGCACGGCCACGCUGUCCUCGCAUACCAGCACAGUUUGGGGUAUUGAUUUCGACGGAGAUGGCGAACGGCUGAUUUCCUGCAGCGACGACAAAACUCUAAAGAUCUGGCGCUCGUAUCCCCCAGGAAAUAAUGCGGGCAUUGCCACUCCAGAGAAUAUACCUGUAUGGAAGUGUGUCUGCACCUUGGCUGGUCACCAUUCGCGUGCCAUUUACGAUGUGACUUGGUGCAAGCAGACGGGACUGAUUGCCACGGCUUGUGGCGAUAAUGCGAUUAGAAUAUUUAAGGAGAGCAGUGAUUCCAACAGCGAUGAGCCGACAUUCGAGCUGGUUACCGCCGAGGAUAGUGCUCAUGGCGAGGAUGUCAAUGCCGUUGACUGGAAUCCAGUCACGUCCGGCCAACUGCUCUCCUGCAGUGACGACGGCACCAUCAAGAUCUGGAAGGUGGUUGACUAAAAAAGAUUGUCUUCUUUUUUGUUUUUUUUUUGUUUAGACACUAACUAUGAAAAUAAACAAUGUUUGUAGAAAUGA